GUUCCGUCAUGUAAACAUAGGAAAAAGCUGGAUGGUACUGAUAAUUCAUCAUUUUUGGUUGCUAAUAUGCAAUGGAUUCAAUGAUGAACAGUUGAAAUCAGCUAGGAGUCCUAAAAUUACCUAAAGCUUCUUUCAAAUUAUUCAUAUAUAAGUUGGCCAAGGAGCUUUCAGACUAUAAGCCAGUUCGAAUGUUGAAACAACGUUUUCUUGUUUUACCAUUAUUAACAUUCAAAAGAACAUACACUAGCAAUAUGUCAAGAAUUUCAGACGUGGUUUUCAAAGAUCAUCGAGAGUUGCAGGAUUACUACAACAAAAUCAAGGUUGCUAAAGAUACUGAUACGGCAAUUCGUUGGCAAAAUCAAUUUGUAUGGGAGUUGGCUAGACACUCUGUAGCAGAGGAAAUUGUUGUUUAUCCAAAAUUCCAAAAAUACCUUGGAGAUGUUGGUAAAUCAUUAGCGGAAAAAGACCGAAAUGAGCAUCAAAUUGUCAAAGAUUAUUUGUACAAGUUUCAAUCUUUGAGCCCAGGCCAGACGGAAUAUAUCCCAACAAUUGAUGCCUUGAUGAGCAAUCUUCAAAAACAUAUUGAAGAAGAAGAAACUGAAGAUUUUCCUCAGUUGGAAAGUAAGUUAUUAGCAGAUGAGUCAAAGGAGAUGGCGCAAAGUUUUGAAAGAACAAAGACGCUUGUUCCUACUCAAAGUCAUCCAUCUGCUCCUAACAAACCUCCUUUCGAAACCGUUGUUGGAUUGCUUUCAGCACCCCUUGACAAGUUACAGGAUUUAAUGAAACGUUGGCCGUAAGCUUCAUUAUAAUUAGUUUAUUUUUGCUAAUAUAGGAAUGAUUUAAUAAUAUUUUUAACAAUUCAUUUUACUUUAAUAAUAGGAUGAUGCCUCCAGAUCAC